CAUCAUCAUCACACUCGUUACCAUCAUCAUCAUCACACUCGUUAUCAUCAUCACACUCGUUAUCACCACUCGUCAACCCACCUCAUCAUCAUCAUCACCACACUCGCCCUAAUCGCGAUGGACAAUCGAUCUCAGCCUCUAACGCACGACCGUCUAGCAGCCGACGAGUACGAAGACGCGAACUCGGACGCUGACAGGGGAACCACGGUGCCACAUGUGCCAGCGGAUCAUGAGCAGCUUCGGAAGCGCAGGCAGGAUGACGCGGCAGGGCGCGAGGAGGGUCAGGAACUGUGGAGUGACCCCCUGGCUGACAUGGCCCUCAAGUACGGCUCCAACCUGGCCGUCCGCUCCAGGGAGGCCAUGGACAGAGGCAUCAGCAAAUAUUUUCCCAUCGACAAACUAAAAUGCUACUUUGCAGUGGACACGGUGUACGUUCAAAAUAAGUUAAAGGUUCUUCUGUGUCCCUACACACACAAGAACUGGGACCUUCGGUUCCAGAAGGGCGAGCCAGUGGCACCGAAGUUUGACGUGAAUGCUCCCGAUCUCUACAUCCCAACCAUGGCCUUUCUGACCUACGUCCUGGAAGCGGGCCUCGUCUACGGGACGCAGGACAGGUUUUGCCCCGACGUACUUUGGACGCGCACCAACAUGGCUUUGACGUGGCUCUUGGUGGAGGUGCUUCUCAUCACCCUGGGGCUCUACCUGGCCGCUCUGCGCGUGCCCAUGGACAUCCCCGAGAUCGUGGCAUACGCGGGCUACAAGUACGUCGGGAUUGUGCUUAGCGUGCUGGCUGGCCUGCUGCUGGGACGUUGUGGCUACUACGUGGCCCUCUUAUGGAAUUCCUGUGCAUUUCUUUUGUUCAUGAUGUACGUGGUGCUGCUUGCUAGGUGGCCUGUCACACGGUGCGCCUGCCUGCAUUGCUUCAAACAUUCAGACGAUGAGGCUGAAGAUCCUGCCGGACAUGGACGUGGCGGGUAGGGCGCAGAGCGUCUCCGCCGGCCGCCUGCGCAUGUACCUCACCGUGGCCAUCGCGGCCAUGCAGCCUCUGCUCAUGCUCUGGCUGUCCUCCGACCUGGUCUUGUGAGUGUGAAAAGCUUCGAUUACCGUGCCACCCAGGGCUCGUUCUUGGCAAGGGAAUAAAUGUGGUGGGGUGGGUUAUUUUUACAUAUAUAUUAAGCUCGAAUAAUGGACGGUAUCAUUUUUUUAAUGUUCCACUCAAUUAAUCUUUAUCACAACGGGACGGAAACGGCACAGGGGGGGCAUAAGUGACACUGGUGAGUACGAAAGAAGGGACUGCAUUGACGGUUGUGUACUCGGCACGAGCAAAUGAAGCCUCGUCGUUUCGCUGCCUUACACCUCUCGUCGUGUAUAAACAAUGGACCACUGCCACACACGCAUCGUUAACACUGCCCAAAGAGGAACAAUAUAGCACGUCAGGUGAUAUGAGGAAGGGCCAUUGCACGAAAUGUCACCUCGUACAUCGCCUUUCAAGGCGACAAACGUGUUGAGCUUUUUUGUUGUUUGUGCUUGUGCAUCACCGCCAAUGCAGUUCGUCACCAAAGAAUGUCUUUUAUCGCUUGCACGUUAAGUUGUAUGCUCAACAUUUCUUCAACGGGGCCGACUGAUGAGAGCGUGAGAGUCGAAGCCGGCCUUGAGCGUGGCUGCCUAAGCGUCCCCUGUGGCAUGACGUUGGUCCUCAAGACCCAUCGGUUGAUGGACUAGAAUGUUAAGUUAUUUUUACUCUUGCCUGUUUAUUGCUUAUUAAUUUGUUCAUAUAGUUUUAAUCGGUCACUGUCACUCUCUCGCCGUACUGACGAAAGAUGAUUGCCUGAAAUGCUGGCCUGAACGUAUAUUUUUCUGCAAUACGGCAGUGUUAAUGACAAAGCUUUUGAGGUUUAUAUUUACAUAUUUGAACAGUUUCUUAUAUUGUGUAUAUUGAUUCUCCCUGCAUAAGCACAAUGUGUGCAUUCCACAAUGUGUCGCAUUGUGGAAUUGAUGACCUGUCUGUGAGAUGUAAACCCUUGGCUAACAUUUGCCCAUAGGCAUAGCUUACGGGAGUACUGGAUUUGCACUCUUUAUUUUGUCAGCUGUGCUUUGGGCGGUGCGCUCAAAUGAAACGGUGUUAUUACGUGUGUACACGAUGGUCAAGAUGACCAAAGUCACAGUCCGUGAGAGCCUCAUGGAUGGAAGGUGUGGAUUUAAAACCUAAUUACUGGUCCGCGCUGCAAAAUUUACAGAGCGACACACAGAGAUUCUAGCUUAAAUUGCUGUGUAUUGAAACCAGUGGUUCACUCUGAACUUUGGUGACAGUGUCUUGGGAAGCGGAGAGAAGCGUUGGGUAAUUUCCCAGUGGACUGAUUGCAUUGCUAGGUGCGAGACAUCAAUCAAGCAAUGAUGUCAUUGUCAUCACUGAUUGGUCUAUUCACCAGGCUAUGCUUUACUAUGCUUUUGUUGUGCUGGUAUCAUGUAAAACAAUUGUACGCUUUGAAACAAAACGCUCUUAGCUCAUUCAGGGAGUGACUUCAGAGACCAAUUGAAAUAAUCAUCAUCACUGUUGUAGGUUUGUAAAGAUUGUUACGUGGCGACCAGGUUUAAGAUCUCUGUAGUGUCAAGUUUGGCACGACUGUGUAACAUUGAUAUUAGACUUCUGAGCCCCCCUGCCACGUCUGGGUCAUGCGUAUAAGGUUAAGUCAGUAGUUUUAGCCUACAUUCUCUUAAAAUAUGCAUGAUUUUUGUAUUACUUGUAUGUUAGUUAUUUAUGAAAUAGGCUCAAGUGAAAUAAGAUGUUGUUUACACUUUUUAAUCAUGAGGUUUAGGGCUUAGAAUGGGCCGUUGCGAUGGAGCAGCCCCAAUUUUCAGGAAGGCAAACUUGUACACUGCUGUGUUGAAACAUCCCUACCAAGGGUCAAAUGUGCACCGCAGCUAUUUGACCUCACUGCUCUUCGUGCCAACGACUCUGUUGGCAGUGGCUUAGAAGCUGGUAGACUGCAUAUAGUUUACAACUAUUCUCAUUACUAAACUGCCUUGUAACUAAUACACAGUAAACUAACUUUAAAUGAAAUGCCCAUUCUCUGCCCUAGGGGUUAUUAUGAUUAUCCUGUAUAUACAUUCAAUUUUAAGGGGUUUUUUUUUGUUGACGGAUGCAAACUGUAUAUGUCAAUCCGGCUUAACAUAGCUUUUAUAGCCUUGAUGUUGUGAAUGAAUUGUCAACCGUGUUAUGUGUCCCACAUGUAGCCAACAGGGAAGUGAUUGUAAUGUUUUAAGGUGUCAUCAUGGAUUGGAUCUAUUUUAUCCCGUGGUAGAAUGAGCAACCAUUGCUCAUAGAUGGCAAUAACAUCCAGGGGCUCGAUAGCAUUCGUUUUAUAGCCCACACUGUUACUAAUGAGCCUCAGUGAAGUCAUAGCCCAUCAUUGUUUUUUAUAUUUAAACAAAUGCUUCUGGGCAGCAACUAUCAGGAAUACCUGGAGGUUUGUGGAUGAAAUGUUUUUUUUAUUUUCAUAAUGAUGUCAUUUACAGAAGCAGCCAGUUGCACCUAUUUUAAGAAUCAUCCAAUGGGAGGAUGAGGUCAAAGUACACAACACACUUUGGCCAAGUGGAUAAGACCCUUUUGGCUAAGAGCCACUUAUAUUCAUCGAUUAAUUUUAAUUACUUAAUCCAGUAUGAUCGGUUUAGGAGCCAAUUAACUGAGCCUGCCAACGAUGGAAAAAAUAUUGCCUCUUAUUUGGUAAUCUUGAUGCAUGGCGCUUAUCGAGGAUUUCUUGAUAAAUAAAUGGCACUAUUAAACUCGGCAUGCCACAGCUAAAGCCAAUGGAAUUCCAGAACGACGUGCAAAUGUGAACUCAUGCUCUGUCCGUCCCAGAGGGUGCCCGUGAGCAUAAAAAUGGAAAGCUUGAAUGGUAAAAAAUGUUUUUCAUAAGUGUGUAGUGUGUUAUCGUGGAGGUGAUGUUAUGUAGUUUUAUGCUUCCACUUAGAUCAGAACGUCCAUGCUAUGGAGAGAUGUUACAGACGUUGGGUACACUAUCGACAGCUAAAUCCGCAAUUAUCCCAUUAAGUUCGUGUGUGUAUCUUAAAGAGCCUGGAUACACACAUGCAAUGCCUUAAAACCACUAUAACAGAACCGCUUGUUUAAACUUGCCUCUGCACACAGACUAAAUAACGUGUGCACUGAUUCACAGUGACUGAAUAUUCAUAGCAAACCAGCUUUGCUGUGCACUACGCACAGCCAUUUGCAAUUGUAAACACUCUGUAAAUUAAUCUGUAAAUACAUUUUACAAUUGCAAGGGGUAUUCUUUUAUUAUUCAAACAGAUUGUGUGGAAGUGACAAUAGGAUGAUAUGCAUUGCACAAGUAGAAACUAUCUCCUGUUUACACUGCCAGGGCAAGUGCCAUUAAGAAGCGCCUGUUACUACAGCUAACAUGAUGCACAACCAGGUGCCACGGUGGCGAGAUGUUAACUACCUCGCCUGGUAUGCAAGAGGUCGUGGAUUCGAUCCUGACCCAGAUACCUGUAUAUUUGGAGUUUGCGUGUCUCUCCCCGUGGUG